GUUAAUAUUAAAAACCUUUUCUCUCAGGCUGGAUUCACUCGUCUUCACCAAUGGAUGGAGUUUAUUCCCAGGCGCGCACAGUGACUUCUUGAAAACUUCACACACCGUGCUGGGCGCUCCUCCCGGAGUUUACGCUGGGAUGGAGCAGCGUGGGGCGGCCGGAGGAGGGGGAGCGGAGAGCCCCGGCCUCCGGGACAGCGCCAGCCCGGAGGAGCGAGGAGGAGGAGGAGAGAAGGGGGAAAGCCCGGCGUCCAGCGGCCCCCCCCAGUGCAAGCUGAACCGCCUGGAGGUCAACGGCAGCCCGGCGAACCCGCACGCCCGGCAGAACGGCACGCCGCUGAGACCGCUGGGAGGUCUGAUGAUCCCCGUCUACUGCGUGGUGGAGCACGCGGACGCGGCGACGGCCGCCGACUACGAGGGCCGCGGCGACCGCCACGCCGAGUUCGUGCUGGUCCGCAAAGACGUCCUCUUCACGCAGCUGGUGGAGACGGCGCUGGCCGCCCUCGGGUACUCGCACAACUCGGCCGUCCAGGCGCGCGGCAUCAUUAAAGUGGGCAGAUGGAAGCCGAUGCCCAUCCACUACCUGACGGACGCUCCGGAGGCGACGGUGGCGGACAUGCUGCUGGACGUUUACCACAUGGUCACGCUGAGGAUCCUACUGCACAGCUUCGCCCGCCUGGAGGAGCUGCCUUCGGAGCAGUGGACCCACGCCACAGUGAGAAACGCCCUCAAAGAGCUGCUGAGAGAGACCAACCAGAGCGCCCUGGCCAAGGAGUGUCCUCUGUCCCAGAGUAUGAUCUCAGCGAUAGUGAACAGUUCCUACUACGCCAACGUCUCCACCUCCAAAUGCCAGGAGUUUGGACGCUGGUACAAGAGGUACAAACGCAUCAAAGGUGACUACAUCGAGAAGAUGUGGCUGUCGCAGGAGAAGUCGGAUAUCAAAGUGGAGAGGGAUCUGGACCUGAGCAUCCUGAGCCACCGCCCCCCCCCUCUCUUGCCCUCUCCCACCCACAUGGGCGCCCUGGGCAGCCCCGGACCCCUUCCAAUGAAGAGCGGCCUCGGGGACACGCAGACCUCCGGCCUGCCUCACCCGGCCAACCAGAGCCACCCCAGCCCCCCGCUGCGGCCCCAGGCGCCCUCCCUCCUGGGCCACGGCGGCAUCCUGCCCCCCCAGCUCUCCCCUCAGCUGGUGCGCCAGCAGCUCGCCAUGGCCCACCUCAUCAACCAGCAGCUGGCCGUCAGCCGCCUGCUCGUGCACCAGCACCCGCAGGGCGUCAACCAGCAGUUCCUCAACCACCCCCCCAUCUCGCGCGCGUGCAAGAUCGCGGGCGGCGUCAACGAGCCCAGCAUCAGCUGCUCGGGGGCCGAAGUCUCCUCCGACAUUUACCAGCAGGUCAGGAACGAGCUGAAACGGGCCAGCGUUUCCCAGGCUGUGUUCGCCCGCGUGGCUUUUAACCGCACACAGGGGCUGCUCUCGGAGAUCCUACGUAAGGAAGAGGAUCCCCGCUCGGCCUCUCAGUCUCUGCUGGUCAACCUGAAGGCCAUGCAGAACUUCCUCAACCUGCCAGAGGGGGAGCGAGACCGCAUCUACCAGGAGGAGAGGGAGAGGAGCACCAGCACCAACCACAACCUCGCCACCAACCACAUCUCCAGCACCAACAGACACACGCAGAUAAAGUGCAGCGUGCCCGGUCCGGAGCUGCAGCUGAAGCUCGACUCGCUGGUGAACAUCACGUCAGGGAUCUACGAGGAGAUCCAGCAGGAGAUGAAGAGGGCGAAGGUGUCCCAGGCGCUGUUCGCCAAGGUGGCCGCCAACAAGAGUCAGGGUUGGCUGUGCGAGCUGCUGCGGUGGAAGGAGAGCCCGAGCCCCGAGAACCGCACGCUGUGGGAGAACCUGUGCACCAUCCGGAGGUUCCUGGCGCUGCCGCAGGCCGACCGGGACCAGAUCUACGAGGAGGAGUCCAGGCAGCAGCACAGCGAGCGGCUCCACACCGUCCUGCACAUGCCCGAGCAGCAGAUGCUCCAGAGGCAUCCGCUGCCACCGCUCACCUCUCCGUCCCCGAUCCGCGAGGAGCCGCAGCCCAUCUCGCUGCCGGUGCUGCAGGCCUCGGAGGACGGGCCUCAGCGCGGCAUGAGCCCCGGCCUGGGGGGCGGAGGGGGGACGAAGAAGGCGCGGUCGAGGACGAGGAUUUCCCUGGAGGCGCUGGGCAUCCUGCAGAGCUUCAUCGGGGACGUGGGGCUGUACCCCGACCAGGAGGCCAUCCACACCCUGUCGGCCCAGCUCGACCUGCCCAAGCACACCAUCGUCAAGUUCUUCCAGAACCAGCGCUACAACGUCAAGCACCACAACCAGUCCAGGGAGGCCGUCCCGGGGGAGGACGAGCGGGAGAGCCCGAGCCCCAGCGAGGGAGGCGCCUGCACGGCGGAGGGCAGAGGAGAGGAGGGCCUCUCCGCCUCCGAGGAGUCGAGCGAGGACGGGAGAGGCUCGGUGGAGGCGCUGAGGACGGACGGACGGGACGGAGGAGAGGAGGCGGAAAUGGAGGUGGAGAAAGAAGAAGGGGAGGACGGGAAAGCCUCGGGGCCGGCCACGUCCUCGCUGUCCCCCUACAGCAGCCUAGACAGCCCCCACUCUGCAGAGCAACAGAGAUAACAGCAGAAAGAAGCAUCAAACUGUGAAUAAACACACACUCUCAUCCCGUCAUCAUCAUCAUGAACUUUCCCAGAGCUGAUAAUCAGAGCUCGCUAAUAUCUGAAGAACUGUGGAGACAUAUUUAUGUUGGACCGAUUCCAAGCUGCUGCCUUCAGGUGGUGCCAGCGAUUGUGAAAAGCGUUCUUCCUCCUUUUAGCUUUUCACUCAGUUACGGUUCAGUGUGGAUGGAAAAGCACCACAAAGGGCAUUAUAUCCUCUCCUUUGAUCAUGUUUAAACCCAGGUCCAUACUCCUCCCUGAUCAGUUCACACCAAUCAAAGUUUAAAUACGUAUCAUUUAAAAACGAACUCAUCCGUCUCCUUGUUGAGGAUGGAUGCAGCGUUAUUUUGUCAUCUCCGUGUCCUUCCCAUGAUGCUUCAGGAUGUCCUAGAAUCCCACACCAUUAAUAUUUAUUACAGCUUUAUAUUUACUGAAACCUAAGUAUCAUUGUUGUAAUUAGAGUUUUCUUAUUUUCUUUGCUAUACAAGUCUUUGUAAAUGUGACUCAAACAGGACCAGAGAAGACUCGCCCUGUUCCACGUCGUUUGAAUACGAACUUUCUUCUACGUUUUCUAAAACUCAGUUUUCUAGCAGAAAAAUGUACAUUAUGAUGUAAAUGUUGGACAGUCCACCUGCUACAGUGAACCCGCCGUCCCAUCCAGGAAUGAACCACUAUCACCUUUUUUUUCUUUUGUUUUGUUUUUUACACGGUUUUGUGUUACUCGUGUCACAGCCGAACCUCCUGCGGUCCGUCUCAAUUAGACGCUCCGCCCUGGAUGGAGCGCACCAAUUUUCAAUUUUCUGCUUUGUUCCACUUCGAUGUUAAUCUGUUGUUGUUUGAUUCUGUUGUGGGCAGGACAUGAAAAUCUGAUAAAAGUUUUCCAAAGUA